CACUCUCAAAGACGUGAGACGCAUUUAAACUUACCUUUAUCCAGGGAACUUUAAAUCUAUUAUCACAUAUCUGGUUUUGUAUUUACAGUUUAUGACUUUUUUGCAUUUGUACUUUGUAUUAUUUUCAACAUAUUUUUGUUUACAAAAUGGCUGCUGUAAAAGAAGAUAUAGGUCAAAUUGUGCCAGUGAUUUCAGUUAGAUGUGCACAGCUGACGUGUUCGUCACUUGCCAUUAUAUGCAUAUUUAAUAAAGAUCAGCGUAAUUUCAUUUUCCAGGUUACAUCAUUGUCUGUAAAGCUCAUGGACAAGGAUCAUCGUAUAAUUCAUUUGAAAAUAAUUUGUCCGAUUUAUUUUCGUUUUGAUGUAAUAUUCAUGGUAUUGGUGGAUAAAUCCGAUAUUUCAUCAACGAACAUGUUCAUCAACCCUCGUCAAAGUUGUCAAAGUGAAUUAACUAUAUCAUUGUACAGUUUUAAUCUAAAGAAUAACUUCAUUGUGUAUAUAUACGGACUCAAAACAGUCAUUUCAAGUGUAGGCCAAUAUGAUAUGGGAGUAUGUUAUGGAAAUAAAGAAAUUGAGUAUUCAGAAGGGAUUCAAAUAACUGUGCCCUUGAAAGAAUUCGAAGAAGACAUACAUUUGCCCUUGUCAUCAACAGCAACUCAGGGUAUUUUGCCAGUAACUGUUGAUCGCCAACCUCCUUCACUUUACAGAUUAUAUGCUAACCUCAUAUUCAAAGACGAAAAACAUUUUAUCGUCUUUGUCAAAGUAAAAUAUCAGCUCCGCUGUUACAUUAUCAAUGGUCGGUGUUUUAACAUGAAGUUUCCUUUUGAGUUGCCAUCUGCAUCUUCAGUUGAAUGUAAGAUUUUGUGUACAUGUCGACAGCAGCAGAUAGAAGGAAGCAUUUGGGUAGCAAGUACAGUAUCGCAUAGCCAUGUGAUACGUUUCAAAACAUUUUUAUCAUUGGUUGAUACACAACGAUUGUAUGAUCUUGCUAUAUCAUUCGGAACAAGAAAAGUCUACCCGAACAUGCGGCCUAUACAGUACUUCUAUAGGAAUAAAUCAGUGGAAUAUUUUCUAAUUAUACUGAAUUCGAACUAUCUAAAUGGAGAAAUGCGACCGUAUUUGAAAAGUAAUGGCGGAGAACAGGGUUCCGUUGUGAAUGGUCGAUUACCUGGUUUAUUUUUCAGCUCAUAUAUCGAUACUACGACUAACUUGCCAAAUCCAUGUUCUCACUAUGGACCAAUAAGAUUGUAUCUCAAAUCUUUGGUGAUGUUUAAUCCGCAGUGUAAUUUAUAUUUUGCGGAUUUUUUCUGUCACUAUAAACGACAUCAUGUGACAAUCAUUCUGAUGCCAAAAUUAUCAACUCAUAACAAUUUUUGUCGACAGUACUUGACAGAGUUAAACAUUUUUCAUAAUCCAUAUUUGUGUUUGAGAGUAGAAUGUAACGGUGCAUUCACCGUAUUGGCAAAUAUGGAUGUCACUGUUGAUGUGUUUUAUACUGAAACCAUUAAUGUGAAAAGAGCUUUAGAGCUGCAAUAUGGUUUUAUAGAAGCAACACCAACUAUUGGGCGUGGGUUUGCUCCGCCUUCUGGUACUCCUAAAAACCCUUUAUGUAAGAUCUGUAACUUAGUCACAUAAUUAUUCUGCAAAUGGUCUGAUGCUUUGUCCCUCGUAUAGACUAGAACUUCGUAUGUGAUAUAUUAGCAUAUUAUAUAAAUGUUCCAAUCUGAACGUUUUACAUUAUUAGAUAGUUGGAUUUAAUUUUCAGUAUAUUGAACAACUUAUAUAAAUUUUUUCCUAAAAGUAGAUUUUAUGUCAUAUAAUUUUAUAACAAGACAUAAUCUGUAGAAAUUGAUAUAGAAAAUAUUAAAAAUUACUAGUGAGAUCAAUCAAACAUGUUACAGAUGUAUGUUUUAUUGAUUUAAAUCAAUCUUAUAAAAGAAAUUGAUUUAUACCAUGGUUGAUGGCCUUAUCUUUGUGUUGGUACUUACCAAAUUUACGUAUUUUUACUUCUGAUUAUUACAUAGAACAAUCUUAAUGUGAAAUAUAAAUAUUUUUUCAUUGUA